AUGGGGGGUUUAAUGUUCCUUCCCUUCAUGUUCCUGACUGUGUUCUCAGUGGCUUCUGCUCAGAUCGCAAAACCAAGUAUUUUUAAGCUAGAAGAGAAUCAAAAGCCUGCACUUACUGUAGAGACAAAAAAUGAAGCUAAUCCUGGGGGAAAGAAGGAAUCUAACAAACAGGGAGGUAGUAUCACACAAAGAAAACCAGGGAUGUUAAUUCUGCAAAGACAACCAGGAUAUUCCAACCAGGCAGGAAAACCAGUGAACAGUCAUCAGCAAGGAAAGCCAGAAGUUUUGAGCCAGCCUGGGAUGCCCAGUGCUUUGAUUUUGCAAGGGAAGCUAGGGGAAUCUAAUCAAAAAGGGACUCCAAAUGUUUCUAGCAAGCAAGAAGAAUCAGAAUUGUCUAGUCGACAAGGAAAGCCCAGGUCUCCUAGUCAAAAAGGGAAGCCAUCACUGCCUAAAGACAAGCCAGAGUCUGUUAGCCAAAAGGGGAAACCAACAUCAUUUAGCAAUAAAGGCAAGCCUGGGUCUUCUGACCAAGGGAAUUUAGAAUCCUCUAACCAACAAGGGAAACCAGAACCCUCUAGCCAACAAGGGAAACCAGGAUCCUCUAACCGACAAGGAAAACCAGGAUCCUCCAGUCAACAAGGAAAGCCAGAACAUUCUAGCCAACAAAGGAAACCAAGGUCUUUGUAUAAUCAAGAAGAAGGAAACGAUGUAGAUAACCUUUCAAAGGACAAUGCAAUGGGGAUACAGGCUAAAAGCAUGAUCAGCAAAAGCCUAACUGGAAAUAAAAGGUAUGACUCCAUUUACAAACCAGUUGGUGGUUCUGAUGGAAACCAUGUGGAAACUCCUGUGUAUUUAAUGAAGCAAAAGGAUGAGUAA